AUGCGCGGCGAAAAAGCACUAGCUGCUGAGAACGAGGAAGCAAAUCAAUUCACCGAACUCGCCAGGACUCAUUCUGGACGGAUUGUCGUGGCGAAACGUCAAAGAUCCUACCCAGGCGCCAAACAGCUUUGCAUGGACUUCGGAAUGAGGGUGAUUGCUUGGAAUGAACUCAAGUUUAAAAAUGGCAACGUUGAAGAGCUGUACUUAAAAUAUCGCAGAACUCAACCGAACAUUUACACGCUGUAUUUUUGGGUCGACGUUGGCGACAAUGCUCCAACAAAAGCGCCGAAAAAUGGGGCAAAGUCGAGACGAAGGAGGUCCCCUGAGGACGAAGAAUGGGACAAGAAGUGCUGGGGCAUGCAAUACCUUCAACCCGAGGUUUGGGAAGGUUGGCUUCCAAAUUUGCAUGAGAGAUGGUGCCAUCAACCGCACCCAGUCAUUUGCAUUGAUGAUAACGUACUCGCUUAA